ACCCCGCCCCCCUCCCCUCCUUCUGUAGAGGAAGUGGAUUCGCUGACAGGGCUGGGCAGCGGCGACGCGGCGACGUGAGAAACGGAGAGAAACGCGGAGAAACCGAGCCAACAAGCCUAAACGGGCCGCCAGAUUCGUCUGCUAGCGUUCCUUCCUCCUGUUCGGGACCGAGCCUCGCCGCCGCGGACAUGAAUGAUCAGCAGUUAGACUGUGCUCUGGACCUGAUGAGGCGUCUGCCUCCGCAGCAGAUCGAGAAGAAUCUCAGUGACCUCAUCGACCUGGUGCCCAGCCUGUGUGAGGAUUUGCUGUCCUCUGUGGAUCAGCCUCUGAAGAUUGCCAGGGAUAAGGUCGUGGGGAAAGACUAUCUGCUCUGCGACUAUAACCGUGAUGGCGACUCCUACAGAUCUCCAUGGAGUAAUAAGUACGAGCCCCCCAUCGAUGACGGCGCGAUGCCCUCCGCUCGUCUGAGGAAGCUGGAGGUGGAGGCCAACAAUGCCUUCGACCAGUACAGGGACCUGUAUUUUGAGGGCGGAGUUUCAUCCGUGUAUCUGUGGGAUUUGGAUCACGGCUUUGCCGGAGUCAUCCUGAUUAAGAAGGCCGGAGACGGCUCCAAAAAGAUUAAAGGUUGCUGGGACUCCAUCCACGUGGUGGAGGUGCAGGAAAAGUCCAGCGGUCGUACAGCUCACUAUAAACUCACGUCCACUGUGAUGCUGUGGCUGCAGACGACCAAGACUGGAUCUGGAACUAUGAAUUUGGGCGGAAGCCUCACCAGACAGAUGGAGAAAGAUGAGACGGUUAGUGAGUCCUCUCCACACAUCGCCAACAUCGGCCGCCUGGUAGAGGACAUGGAGAAUAAAAUCCGCUCCACUCUGAACGAGAUCUACUUCGGCAAGACCAAGGACAUCGUUAAUGGCCUGAGAUCUAUUGAGUCUCUGCCUGAUAAUCAGAAGUACAGGCAGUUGCAGAAAGAGCUCUCUCAGGUUCUCACUCAGCGUCAGAUCUUCAUAGAGUAGUUGUGGAGGAGUGUUCAGACGCUGGCUGAUAAAUCCAAGCAGGAGGCUCUGCGGACCGACCUGAUCGGAGCGCUAAACAAACGCAAACAGCAAAGCUAGAGACGCCCGCCCUCAUCUUCCCUCGCUUCUCUCUCUCUCUCUCCCUCCCUCCCUCUCGCUCCCUCACCUCAUGUUUAAUUCGUUCUAGUUCUGUCGUCUCUCGUCACGGCUGCGCUGAAUCGGUCCCAUCUGAGGAAAUCAAACCACAAAAAAGGAGAAAAUGCUUUGCUUUUGUUUUUUUUUGUAUUCAUGCACGUUACAAGGCGUCUCACUUCUUUUCCCUCUUUAAAACAUUCACACCCCCCCAACUCUCCCACUGAGUAGUAUUAUAAUUAUAUUCUGACGGUUAGAGAAAAAAACUCCCUUCUUUUUCUCUUGGCCUCUUUUAUCUCUACUCUUCUGUUUCUCUCUUUCUCUCUCUUUCUCUCUC